AUGGCCACACCAAUUGGGAAAGGUCAUCGUUCAUUGAACCUUACUCUGAGGAAAGAACUUAAUUUGUAUGCAAAUGUCAGGCCUUGUUACAGCCUUCCUGGAUAUAAAACUCGAUAUGAUGAUGUCAAUCUUAUCACUAUUCGUGAAAAUACAGAGGGGGAGUAUAGUGGACUUGAACAUCAAGUGGUGAGAGGUGUUGUUGAGAGCCUCAAGAUCAUAACCCGUCAGGCAAGCUUGAGGGUGGCUGAGUAUGCUUUCCAUUAUGCCAAAACCCAUGGAAGAGAGAGAGUGUCUGCGAUACACAAAGCAAACAUUAUGCAGAAAACUGAUGGUCUUUUUCUUAAGUGUUGUCGUGAGGUUGCUGAGAAGUACCCUGACAUAAAAUACGAGGAAGUCGUCAUUGAUAAUUGCUGUAUGAUGCUUGUGAAGAAUCCAGCACUUUUUGAUGUGCUAGUCAUGCCUAACCUCUAUGGUGAUAUUAUUAGUGACCUUUGUGCUGGGUUGAUAGGGGGUUUAGGAUUAACACCGAGUUGCAACAUUGGUGAGGGAGGCAUUGCCCUUGCUGAAGCUGUACAUGGUUCAGCACCUGAUAUUGCUGGAAAGAACUUGGCAAAUCCAACUGCUCUGCUUCUAAGUUCUGUUACAAUGCUACGCCAUUUAGAGCUCCAUGAUAAAGCUGAUCGGAUCCAAAAUGCAAUCCUCAGCACAAUUGCCGAGGGGAAGUUCCGAACAGCUGACCUUGGUGGCGCAUCGUCAACUUCCGACUUUACGAAGGCAAUCUGCGAUCAUCUUUGA